UUCUGCUCGCGCAAAAAUGCACGAGCAUUUCAACAGUGCUCGCCUGAUUUCACACGAGCACUGUUGAAAUGCUCGUGUGUUUUUGCGCGAGCAGAACCAAUUUUUUUUUUUUUUCGUUUCAUUAUUUAAAUGCUUUUUUUUAUUAAAUGAAAUAUUAAUAAAGUGCUUAUUAAAAAUGUAGAUGGCAGGAGGCCGGGGGAAAAGUCUUAUGAGUCAAGUUGCCGGUAAAGGCAAGAGCUUAAUGAAAGCCUUGAGCGGAAAGGGUGACAAUCCGGAAGAUCCGGAUUGCAUUGGAGACCGAGAUGUCCUUGCUUCCGCCAGUAGAAGAAAGCAGUUAGCUCGAGAAGCAGCGUUACAGCCGGAAGAAGAGAGAUUGAGACGAGAAGCUGUUGCAGCUGGAGCCGGACCCUGUCGACCUACACGCGAUCUCCAGCUAGCUCGUAGUACAUUGCCACAUGCCGACGACGAUGAUGACCACAACAACAAUCCAGAUAAUAUGGAUACUGACGAGGAGGUGGAGGAAGAUGAUGAGCCAGCAGAUGUACAUCAGGAUCGUAGAGCUGGUCGUGCCUUACCCUUUCCGCAGCUGCCUGGUCCGGCGUACUUGGAGGGUCCGUGCGAGGGAGGGCCGCAAAAUUUAGAGUUUAUGCGAUGGUUCAAGUCGCAUAUAGCGAUGUACAUUUGGGAAGGAUAUGAGCGCCGUGAAACUACACGGUGCGAGUCGAGGACCAAAGCACUCGAGGACUACCGCGGCCCGCAGGAUAACACGAUGAUUGCGAGGCUGGAGGCAACAGAUUUUUACCACUUACGAGACUGUUUUCUGAAGAAGAUGAACAAGAACCUCAUGCUAGCUUUCGUGGAGAGGUGGCGGCCGGAGACGAACAGUUUCCACAUGCCAUGGGGCGAGAUGACGAUCACGCUCCACGAUGUCGCUUUCAUCCUGGGGUUGCGGCUGGACGGACCAGCAGUGUCUGAAAUUCGCCCGGUAGAAGAGUGCUCACAGAGUCUUGCAUCUGUAUUGGGUCUCGGUCUGAUGGACACCAAUGAGAUGUUUCGAAACAAGGGAGUUGGUUGGGUUAAGGUGAGAGAUCAGUUGACCCUUCCCUCCGCCACAGACGAGAAGAAGAUGAAGGGCUACUUGAUGUUUCUGCUUGGGUCUGUUUUGUUUGUAGACAAAACAGCGUGUAACAUGAAGUCGUGGUGGAUCCAUUUUACCAACGAUCUCGAUAAUGUCGGCAAGUAUUCGUGGGCUUCGGCAUGCUUAGCAAACAUGUACCGCCAAUUGGGUAUUGCCACCCGCGCUGGGAUGAACAGUCUCUGUGGAUGUGUUAUUCUCCUUCUGGUACGUGUACCUUUAUUAGUAAUUAUUUAUUUAUUUAAACUUCUAUUUUAUUUAUUUAUUUAUUGGUGUUUGUUUGCAGUGCUGGAUCUUUGAGCAUUUCCCCUGCUUUCGACCACCUCUUUCCUGUUCAUAUGCCGAGUUUGAGCCUCGAUGCAGAAGGUGGGCCCAUGGUGGAGGCAAUAAAACCACGCUGCAGGAAUACCGGAAAAUACUCGACGCCAUUAC